AGAACUUUUUGCACCGAACAUGUAAACACAGAAACUUCUCUUUCAGCCGAGCGUCCAAUCAGCAGGGGGGCUCUGCGCAGCCCUGCUGUUGUAAUUGGGCGGAGAUGGCAGCAGCAAAACGCAGCCUUGGCACGGCGUAAACUCACAAUACGUCUCCGUGGCUCCACAUGCAAGGCGCACCGGGUCGCGCACACGCAAAAGUCAGGAAAAUUCAAAGUUUUAGUUUGUCGUACUUCUCGUUUCCUUUUUAUCUCACGAUAACAGAUCACCCGAUUGGAUCGAAGGUGUUUUUUUUCCUGUCAUCUGCACAGUGGAUUACACCCAAGCGUGGAUUCUGGGACUUUAGAAAGUUCUCAAACUCUCGGAAAUACACAGGGAAGUUAACUUGACGAGAAGCUGAAAGAGGACAUUGUUUCCGAACAACUAUUAUCUCUGGAGUGCUUGCUACUUUUAAUUGGGUCAGGUCCUUCACCUAACAGAUCUAGAGUACUUCUAUGGAUUAGAGCAAAUAAGACUUCCACCAAACCCUAAAGGUGAGACGCAUCUGAAGAUUUAUGCCUUGGGAGAUGGCAGCAGCCACUUCCAGCCCGUAUUUGGCCAGCAGCAGGAUUUUAUCGGGUCCGAUCUUGCACUCUGACCGGAGAGGUGCUGGUAUGCAGCCGGGCACCACGGCCGUGACCACGGUGUCCGGCGGAUACAGAGGAGACCCUUCGGUUAAGAUGGUGCAAAGCGCAGACUUCAUGCACGGAGCCAUGGUGGCGAGCAACGGCGGGCACAUGCUGAGUCAUGCCCACCAGUGGGUGACAUCGUUGCCUCACGCAGCGGCCGCUGCAGCGGCGGCGGCCGCGGCAGCUGCGGCGGCAGAGACGGGCUCCCCGUGGCCCCCCAGCUCCCAGCCGCAGGAGGUGAAGCGGAACAGGGAUGACCUGCACUCGGGCUCCGCUCUGCACCACAGGUCGCCCCAUCUGGGAGCCCAUCAGACGCACGCUGGAAGCUGGGGAGGCAGCUCCGUGGCGCACAUCAGCAGCAUCAGCGAGGGGCAGCAGCAGUCUCUGGUUUACUCCCAGCCGUCAGGAUUUACAGUCAACGGGAUGCUGAGCUCUCACACCGAGCAGAGCCUUGCUCACUCGGGGCUGCUGCGCGGGGACUCCCCUGACCUGGACCACCAUCACCACCACCAUCACCACCAGAGCCAUAACCACCACACGCACCAUCAUCAGCACCAGGGUGUGGGCCACGACCCGCAGUCCGACGAGGACACGCCGACGUCGGACGACCUGGAGCAUUUCGCCAAGCAGUUCAAGCAACGCCGGAUCAAGCUUGGCUUCACCCAGGCAGACGUGGGCUUAGCUUUGGGGACCCUGUACGGCAACGUGUUCUCCCAGACCACCAUCUGCAGGUUCGAGGCGCUGCAGCUGAGCUUCAAGAACAUGUGCAAACUGAAGCCUCUGCUCAACAAAUGGCUGGAGGAGGCCGACUCCACGACCGGGAGCCCGACCAGCAUCGACAAGAUCGCCACGCAGGGGAGGAAGAGAAAGAAGCGCACGUCCAUUGAGGUGAGCGUAAAAGGCGCACUGGAGAGCCAUUUCCUCAAAUGUCCCAAGCCGUCCGCGCAGGAGAUCAACUCCCUGGCGGACACACUGCAGCUGGAGAAGGAGGUGGUCCGGGUCUGGUUCUGCAACCGCAGGCAGAAGGAGAAGCGCAUGACGCCGCCCGGACUGCCGCGCACCCCGGAGGACGCGUAUUCUCAGGUGGGGAGCAUCGGUCCAGACACGCCGUCCCCUUCCAUAGAGUGCAAGAGGAUGUACAGCGACACAUGAAAACAGCCAGAAAGAACUGCCAGACAAGAAACUGAGAGCAAAGGGGAGGGAAAUUGGUUACCUGACUCACCAGAAUUUCUUCAGAUUUUUUUUAUGUCAUAAAUCCGUCCACAAAUUUAGUGUUUUUCACUAUGUGUUCAUUUCAGAAGGAAAAAAAACUGUCUGCCUUUGUGUUUGUUGGAUAUUUAUCUGUAAUUCCUCCUCUAAGACAAAAAAAUAAAAUCAUUCAAUCUAGAAUCUGCACAAAAGCAAGACUAAAGUACUUUAAAUACUAAUUUCAAGAAAUAUUAAGACUAAAAGUAAAAAAAAAAAAAUCAAAAUUGUACAAAGUACAAGUUUUCUUUGUGAUGCUGCAGAAUUUCAUGUCCAUCCUGUUUCACCUGAAAGAGAGACGUUUAUUUAAUUCACUUUAUUCAUCAUCAAGUUGUUUUCGUAAGCCAGCAAUACUAAAUCAGUCCUCUCCCUUUCAUAUUUUGUGUUGUGUAUAAGUGAAAUUAAGUUGUGGCACAAAAAUGGCAAAAAGUUUGGUUUGACACUCGUUUUACUCAGUAAGAAUUUAGCAGAAAUUCCCAAACUGUAUGUAAGGUCUGCUGUGUGUUCCCGUGUGAAGAGUCAGUCUAUUUAUUUUUCCCUAUGUGUCUAUUUUCAUUGAAGACCAAUUAUUUAAUAAAUUUGACAUAAAAAAACUA